AUGCCUCCUCUUCUCACCUCCAAUCCAACACCCUCCAAGGGCUCUAGUUCUCAAGCUCAGUCCUCAACGCCAGCUUCUCGGCCCUCGCAGAGCACACAAGCCUCAAGGAACUCCAAGAAAGCAGCAGAACUUUCACCAGAGCACCAUGCAAUCAUGCUCCGUCACGCGCUCUCCUCCCCAACAAUCCGAGCCCUAACCUCUCUUCCUCGCGGCCCACCUCCCGAGGAGAUCCUGCGCUGUGCUGCCUCCGCAACAGAGUUCCUCUCCUUCACCUUCAACCCCCUGGAAAAAGUCGCCUUCUCCCAUAUCAACAACGGUCCCUCCGCUCGCUGGCCCCUGAAAGAAAACCUCGCUAAGCCCUGGCACAAAGUCUUCCUCGUCGCCCAGUGCGAAGCCUCGGGCGGCGACUACGGCGAUCGGCUCUCCCUCCAGGCCCGUCAGAAGCUCUUGUUGGACAAAGCUCGCAUCGUCAAGAUCCUGGGCCAGAUUCUCCGCGCCUGCGCCGACAUCAUGGGUUGUCGCAAAGACGCCGUUGGCCUCAGGCGUUCCCUCGAGACCUGGCGUGCCGUCCUGCUGCAGGUACCCGAAAUUGGGCCCAAAAAGAUGGCUUCACUCGUCGAGCACGGCGUCAGAACCGUCCGCCGACUUGCUGAAAUGGACUUCUUCCACAUCGAGAGGGUACUCUCCCGGAACCCGCCCUUUGGUCAGAAGAUUGUGCGCAGCUUGGCGCACUUCCCGCGCCUCGUACUCGCUGUUGACAUACCUCAACACGACGAGGGGCCGGUGAACAGUAUCAUCGUCCGCGCCAUCCUGUGUUGUUCGAACCGCGAGGCUCCUAUCUGGAAGGAGAGAGCGCCUUGGGUCACUUUGGCGGCUGAAACCUCGGAUGGUAGACUGAGCCUGAUGCCGAGCAAAGACCUUGUGUUCACUAUCGAAGCAGCAAAAGGCGAGAAAGUGUUUGUGUGGGCGAGUUGCGAGGAGAUUGCCGGAACUUAUGUGACGGGCGAGGUAACCGUCUAG